AUGGAGUGGGAUUGGAGACUUGCAAAAGAAGCACAGAUGGGCGUAAAGCGCUGUCUUGAUUCUAAUGAUGAUGUUAUAAGAGAUCUUGGUGGAAACGUAAACUCUGCUCGCAUAAAAUUAGAGGACGCAGAGCAUUUCGAACCUCUCGCAGUUGCUGCUGCUAUUAAACACUGGUGGACACCAGUGGUUGAAUCCGCUCUCAUACCUUCUAAUGUUACACUUACAAAAGAGGCUUAUGAUGAACUUCUCAGCUUUAUCAAGAUGGCCUAUCCAGCAAAUGGUAAAGUGGGCUGUGCUGUUAAGACGUGUGAUACUGUCUUCCUCGUCAAAUGCGUCUACGAAACAUUUUAUGCCCAAAUAGGCUCGCAACUCUAUGGGCCUGGUAAAGUUUGCAGCAAUUGCUAUGAAUAUAAUGAGGAAUGCGUGGAAGGACUUUGCGAAGUCGAGAACAAAUUGAUUUAG